AUGUUCGACAACCCUAUCGAGUGCUUUCACUCCGCGGCCACCGACUGGCGAAUAGCGGGGCAAUUGCUUACUUCGUCCGAUCCGUCAGCAGACCAUCCCCCCGACGUACCCGGCGAGACACUUACACACCGGCCGGAUUCCGGCCAUGCCGUGCGAUCGGCGCAGUACAAGAUACCUCGCGAGGCCGCCCGACAAUCCCCCUCACUGCUCUACGUCAAGCCACAGCGAUCGCCGCCUUCCAUUGCCUUUUGA